AUGCCCACGGAGGCCACGUCUGCGGCGCUGCUGGUGGCGGCUCUGCUCGCCGCCGCUGCCGCGCUCGCGGCGACGCACCUCGAGCGGCCCGGCGCCGCUGACGACUGCGCUGCCGCGGGAGCGAGCGUGCGCAUGCAGCUCGAGGAGCUGCGCGAGGAGCUGGCGCGCAGACAGCAGCAGGUGGAGCACUGGCGAGCGCUCGAGGCCUCCUCCGCCAGCCUCGUCACGGCCUCGGAGCGCAGUCACGCCGCGUGCCGCGAGGCGCACGAGGACGCGGCGAGGCAGCUCGAGGCGGCGUUGGGCCAGCGCACGCUGCCGGCCCGUUCCGACGGCUGCGAAGUGUGCCCGCUGCCGCCGCCGCCGCCGCCGCCGCCGCCGCCGCUCGUCGGCACCGGCCGCAAACGCUGGCCCAUCAUGCUGGCGGGCGUCGCAAAGGAGGUUGUCGAGCCGCCGGCCGCCGGCGCGGCGCAGCCGAGCGGCGCAGACGACGUGAUGCUCACCGCGGUGGUGCGGCCGCCAGAGGGCGGGCGGGCGGGCGUGGCGGGCUGCGUGGACGAGGAGCAGCGCUACGAGCGGCUCGAGCUCCCUCUGCACCAGGCGGGCAGCGUCCUCGGCCUCGACGCGGCUCCUCUCGCGAUUGGGUCGAUGCGGGCGGGCGAGCGGGCAGCCUUCUUCGUCGCGGCGGGCGGAGGGUGCCCGGGGCCGCUGGGGCUCGAGCUGCACCUCCACGCCGUGGCCGAGGUUGAGGACCUCUCUUCCGACGGCGGCCGCUCCGUCCUCAAGCGCGUCCUCUCGCCCGGCAAGGGGAGGGAGACGCCCGCGCGCGGGGCGACGCUGACGGUGAGGCUCGGCUCGCCGUCGCUCGCCAACGCCUCGCUGGUGCCGGCGGCGGCGGCGGCGCUCGGCGGCGACGCGGUCGGGAGGGACGGCGCCCUCUCCGUCGGCAUCGACGACGGCCGCGUCGUGGGCGACGCGCUGCGCCUCGCCCUCCACUCGAUGCGGCGGGGCGAGCUCGCGCGCGUCUCUCUCUCGCAAGAGCAAGCCGCUCUCGAGCCGCUCCUCGCGCCCUCGCGCGGCGGCGGCGGGCCCGUGCAGGCCCAGGUCGAGCUCAUCUCCUUCCGCCACCAAGCGCGCGACGCUGCCCCCUCCGCCGCCUCUGCCGCCGCCGCCGCUGCGCCUCCCGCCGACCCGCUCGCCGGCGCCGCGUCGCUCAAGGAGGAGGGCAAUUCGCUCUUCUCCGCCGGGCGGACCAAGGAGGCGUGCGCCGCGUACUCGCGCGCGCUCGGCAUGGCAGCGGGCGGCGGGGGAGGCGGAGGCGACGCGUCGCGCGCGCUGACCCUCGCGCUGCGCAACAACUUGGCCGGCUGCGAGCUCAAGGCGGAUCGGCCGGCGGACGCGCUCUCGCACGCGGACGAGGCGCUGCUCCUCUCGCCCGGCGCCGCCAAGCCGCUCUACCGCCGCGCGCAGGCGCUGCUGGCGCUGGGGCGCGUCGGCGAGGCUGCUGCGGCGGCCGAGCGGGCGGCGGCGGCGAACCCGGCCAGCGCCGACGUGGCGCGGCUGCAGGCGAGCAUCGCGGAGCGCGGGCCGGCCUGA